UGGAAAUGUCAUUGUACACUUGGAGUAACGUGAGAAAGACACGCAGCACCUAUCUGGGCCAUUUCAGAGAUGGAAUAAUCCAUGGAAGUGAGGCGCCCUGGAAGAAGAAAGGUCUUGUGGUUCAGGCACAGGUUUACAGCUUGCCCUGUGUGUUGGUGCUCUUCAGAUCAGCAUUUCCUUUCCUCCUCUUUUCAUGCCCAUUUGAAUGGGCAUUUGGCUUGUAUAUUAGUUUAGAGCAGUGGCUUUCAGACUGUGCUCUGUUAUCUCUUCCUGUCCCCAGCUUCUAAAUUGCAUUAAAAGUAGUACAGAUACAUUAAAUGCUUUGCUAAUAUUAGCUUUCCCAUGUGGGAUGUGGCAGAAAUUGCCAUAUGUAUAUUAUGUGAUUGCAAAUGGGAGGCUGGGUGGGUCUACAUGAUUGCCUUGAGGAUCAACUCCCAUUCCAUUUACAAUCUCUCUGUUAAGAUGUAAACUCCUAUUUGGAUUGUAAGCUCUUAGGGGAAAGACCUUUCUUUUCCUUGUUAUGUGUUUGUAGAGCCUAACACAAUAAGGUACUCAGCAGUGCCUGAGGCCCCUAGGUGCGACUGAAAUAAUAAAUAAUGUGGUUCACAUUGAGAAAAAGUCUGAUAACUCCUGACUUAGAGCUCCAAAGAGCCUGUAAGCAAACUGUCAAAGUCAGGUGUUCUUAUGGUAUCUGUGGUGGUGGGCAUUUUACCUCAUUUCAGCUCUUUGAAGCAUCUCUCAGGUGAAGGCUGAAGAGUGGAAAAUGUAGACACCAAUGAAGGAGUCUCAGCAGUACGUGGGGAGAUCGUUCACAGAUUAACUCAAUGUCUUAAUAUUGUAGAUCUCAGGCGCACCUUCAUAUUCCGCAACUCCAAACAAACGUACACAGGGAUCCCCAUUAUGGUGGCAAAUAUGGACACCGUGGGCACGUUUGAAAUGGCAAAGGUGAUGACUAAACAUGCAAUGUUCACUGCUAUUCAGAAGCAUUAUUCUCUGGAAGAAUGGAAACUGUUUGCAGUCGAUCACCCAGAAUGCCUUGAGCAUGUAGCAGUGAGCUCAGGCAGUGGGAAGGACGACUUGGACAGGCUUACAAGUAUUCUGGAGGCCAUUCCUCUUAUCAAGUACAUCUGCCUGGAUGUGGCCAAUGGAUAUUCAGAGCACUUUGUGGAAUCUGUGAAAACUGUCCAUGCCAAGUUUCCAAAUCACACCAUCAUGGCAGGUAACGUCGUGACAGGAGAGAUGGUGGAGGAACUUAUUCUUUCUGGAGCAGAUAUCAUUAAAGUGGGUAUCGGACCUGGUUCUGUGUGCACCACCCGGAUUAAGACAGGUGUGGGCUACCCUCAGCUGAGUGCUGUGAUCGAGUGUGCAGACUCUGCCCAUGGCCUGAAGGGGCAUAUCAUUUCUGAUGGAGGCUGUAGCUGUCCAGGAGAUGUCGCCAAAGCGUUUGGAGCUGGUGCUGAUUUUGUCAUGCUUGGAGGAAUGUUUGCAGGCCACGAUCAAUGUGCUGGAGAGGUUCUAGAAAAAAAUGGCAAGAAGAUGAAACUGUUCUACGGGAUGAGUUCUGAUACAGCCAUGAAGAAGCACGUAGGAGGAGUUGCUGAAUACAGGGCUUCGGAGGGCAGAACCGUGGAAGUGCCUUACAGAGGGGACGUGGAAACUACCAUCCUCGAUAUCCUCGGGGGCCUGCGAUCCACCUGCACCUACGUGGGAGCUGCCAAGCUCAAAGAGCUGAGCCGGAGGGCGACAUUUAUCCGGGUCACCCAACAGCACAGCCAGGUGUUUUCUUAACCAAGGACUGGGACCUGUGACAUGUGUCUGCCGCUUCUCCCCCCUCCCUCUGUGUUUUGUGUUUGGGGCAAACCCCCCAGGCGGUGGAAGUAGGGGGGUCAGUUGCCACUGGUGGUGGGGUUUAGCAGAAGGACAUGCCAUCAAACACAGUGCCAUGUAGGAUUCUUUUGGUUCACGAUGCAAGAGCCUCAUCUUUUAAAGUCACGUCUGUUUGUUUUCAAUCUAGUUUUUUCACCAUUCAUUUUUCUCUCUGAUGAAGAAGCCUCCAUUCACAGUGAGUUAGCCUCGCCAGACCCUGGUCGCUGUUACCAAGUUUUGAAACAUCCCCACAACCUCUCGCCAGCACCGCUCCAGCAGUAUGGGUUAUAGGAGCUGCCGGCUGGGAGGGGAAGGGGAAGGGGUUCAGUAUGUUGAUCGGGGUAACCAAAGAUCAGAGCCAUACUUUUUGACCUUUCAGGUGGCUGGAUGAGCCAAGGUUGCUGCUGCAUUUUCACUGUGAUGUUAAAAAUGCUGGAGCUGUAUCAAUGGCAUUUCAUGCCUUUUAAGGCCUUUUUUAUUUAAAUCAAUAUAUUAACGGACUUACCGCUCCAUAGACACUGGCAUUAUAAUGUAGUGAGUGCUUCCUCCUCCCACCCCCACCCAGAACAUUUAACAGGGUCCUAGUUUUUUGAUGGGUACAAUCCUCAGAUCCUCAGGGGUCCUGUUUUUAUCAUCUCUGAAUAGGUUUUGAAGCUGUAGAGACACAGCACUACUCAACACCAGUGGCCUGAUCCUGCACAGCCCUGUGAUUUGCAUAGUCAUUUCAAAAAAGAAAAGGAGGACUUGUGGCACCUUAGAGACUAACAAAUUUAUUUGAGCAUAGCUGACACAAAGCAACUACAAAUACACACUAGCUUUGGCCAGGUGUAGAAAUGAUUACACAUUGAGUAAGCCCUGGGGAAUCAGGCCAAAGGGGUCAGAUCCAUCUCUCUGUUACCCUGGUGCAACUCUUUUGAAGUCAUAGGUGUAACUGAGAGCAAAAUAUGGCCUGCAGUAGACCAGCUGAAGACUUCAUUGCAAGAAGCCAGUUGUCUGAUCUUGAGUUAAAGCAGUUGCUGUGAAGGAAAUAAUGAAUAUUUUAGACUCUGGGCAACACUUUAAUAAACUGUAAUGGUAGACUAAUUAAUUGAUAAAUCACAAUGAAAUUUUUUUGGAAGUACACAUUGAAUUCCCAGGAAUAUCACAGUAGUUCAUUAUGAUAAAUGUUAUUAGAAUGAAUACCAAUGAAUUAAUAAUGACCGGCCACUUACUUUAGCCUGUUACUGAGAUUUCAAUACAAUUGGAAACUGAAGUAACUUCAGAGUUUUUUUUCCCUUCUGUGGAAAGAUAGAGACUUUCUUUGGAAUGCAAAACUGUGACCCGUGGGAAAAGGAGCGGACAGAAAGCAAAUGGCAUUAUUCUAGCAUUCUUUGUUGUUCAGAAAAGAUCAAGGAGGAUCAGUACAAUGGAACAUGUUAAGUAACAAACCUAAACCCCAAAUCAGUCACUGAUGGUGUUAAUCAGAUUACGCAUAAUGGGAAAAGCCUAGAUGAUCCUUUAUCUGAAGGCAGGUGGUUUACAAUAAAAUGUUAAGUAUUCCCCAUUAAACAUUGUGGACCUGAUUCUAAUUUACAAUAAGACUUUGCCCUGGUAUUGUACGGGGGGCCUUAAAGAGGGCAUAGGUCACACGUACACUGAUUUUAAGGCCAAUUUACACUGCCAGAGUGGUGUAAAGAAACCUAAGUGUAAAUGAGAAUCAGGCUCCCAGGCCCUCCCAAUUAACUUUUCUUCUGAAGUUGGAAUUUGUAUGUAGUGAACUCCAAAAAGGCAGCCGAAUGGUUUCUUUACUAAAAAUAAAUAAAAAUACUGUGGGCCAAAUUCUGCUGUCAGUUAACCUGAUGUAAACCCAGAGUAAUUCCACUUAAAUCUCUGAAGUUACUUGGAAUUUACAUAGAUAUAACUAAGAGUAGACUGUCUCCCCUCUCCCCCCCCUUUCUGCCCAAAUACCCUCCAGCCACAUGCCCACAAGAAAAGUGUAUUUGUAUACAGGUAAAUCAAAACUUCUUCAAGGAAUGAGGUUAUACUGAAUAUACACUCAUACCACCAGUGCAUUCCAUACUUCAGAAGUGUGGCUCUCCCCUAGAUGCUCCAGGGUUGGGAUGCUAAUUGUUUUUAUAGGGCUUUUGGGGCUACAUUUUAAACCGCUGCACAUUUAAAAGACUAGAUCUUUAAGGUACACAUUGGAACUGCUUCUUUUCUGCAGUGAAAACUCCUUGAUUCUCCACUGUUGUGGCCAUUAUGGAGUCAGUUACACCUGUUUCUUCAGAGGACACCUUCAGUCAGAUGGCUCCUUUCACAAUGCCCCUUGUACAAAAUACAGCGCACACACGUUUGAAAGUGGAACAAAGAGACUGGCCUGAGGCUAACACAGGACCCAGAUGCCCUCAAUGUCUGUAGGACCCAGCUCCUCCUUCCACUCCAAUUAAACGCUUGUUGAAUUCAUUGGAAAUUGAGGGUGUGCUACACCUGGCAGGAUUAGGCCCCCAAGGAAUUAACUUGAGCUACCUCAUCUGAUCAUUUUACAAGGUUCUCCAGUUCCUAGUGUCUUUCCCAGCAGCUUCGCACUGUGCUGCACUUCAUGAACUGCUACUGCCAAAAGAGCUCCCCCCCUCCCCCAGCUACAUUGCAAGUGUUUUAAGCAGCGGCUACCCAUGACAGUGGGCCAAAUUCUGACUUGCUUUCCACACCCUUGUAACACCACUGACUUCAGUACAGAAGAGGAAAGUUAGAAUUUGGCUCAUUGGCUCCAUCAAGGUGUAGCUGACGGGCCACGUUGCUUUAAAAAUGAAGCUAGUUAAAACAAAUCUGAUUAACAGGUUCAGGUACGAUAAUACACAUUUAAAGCCAAAGCCUGCACAAGGCAUAGGAGCCUCUAUGUCCCCCAGUCCAUCUGUGAGACAGCAGGGGAGGCCGAGGAGUACUACUGUCUGUAGGAGUGGUGCCUACACCACAGCACCAAGGGAUUGUGGUCUGACAGGUCGUGCUGUGUGGUCAGUGAAUGUGCUGGGACCAGGAGUGGGGAUGGUCUGCGGUAAGAAGAGGUACACACUGCUGUCCUCAGCCCACUACCUCAGCCUGCUCAGCAUCCUCAGGGGGGCUCUGGAAAGCACCAUGUGACUGGCACACUUCUGUGCCUUCCCCCUCGCCCUGAGUGGGUAAGUGUUGGAUUUUGCCCUUGCUGCUGUCAGGUAUUGUGUGCAGGGGUGGUUCCAGGAAGCACAAGUUAGGAGGGCUUUGGGGAAGUUUGCUGAGGAUGGGGAAAGGCGAGGGCUUUUGCAAGUCUUCCAAGACACAAUAUGACACCAUCACUGGAUACAGGAUUAACGUUUUAAUCCAUGGGCCCUUGUGGUCUGAAACUCCUGCUGGGCCUAAUUCUCACAUGCACCAAUUUCACAUUGGUCUAAACCCAUUGACUUCAACAGAGUCUCUUCUAAUUUUCACCAGUGUAAAUGAGAGCUAAAGCAGGCUUCUCUUGCCAAACUCUGAUGGGCAUUUAGGCCAAAUCCUGUGCUGCUGGAGUCAAUGGGAAUUUUGCCGCUGACCUCAGAGACACUGCAGGAUUUGGCUUUUCUUGGUUAGAGUGGGAAAAUCCCAAGGCCUAGGAGUGGCAGUGUGGCUGCACUGCUAAAGCCCACCUGCAGCAAGGCACUUGUUUCCCCCCCGUCUAGAAGCAAUGUCUUCUCUUUGGGGGUUGGUUACGAAAAUUUGAAUAAGCUUGCGGUACUGCCACCUGCUGCAUGACUUCUAUGCUGGAAGUGCCCGAAAUGCAGUCAGUCUCGCCCACUAGUAAUAAGGGGUCUCCCCACCAUCUGCCUUAGACUUGGUUCUUUUUUAUUCAUUCAGACAUUUAGGCCUGUCCUCUGGAUGUGACUUCACAACAUCAGCCAUUAUACUGCUGAAAUGCAUAACAUUUCCAAACGUAUGUAAUCAAUAGCCGAGAGCUCCUUUGUGACAAAUAAAGUUUGUGAUCAUUUUGAAGACCAUACAUGAAGUCUUUAAAAAAGAGUGAGUUUUAACCAUUUCCAUAACACUGCAUGCACCACAGCUGAGAUGAUUAAGAAUGGGUAUCUUCUUUCCUCAUUUGUAGCCAAAAAACGGUGCACAGAAUGCAUCCGCCAUGACGAACCUGCUCAUAUAAAGUGAUCACGUUGUGCACCCUGGCUGUUCUGUUAUGAAAUAAAUGGCUCCAUUCUGGCAGCCUGGAUGGCUGUAUGUGGGAAUGUGCAAACUUCUAUGUAUAGUGAUAAAAACAAACUCCAUAAAAAUGUAUUCCUGAAGCUAAAUCUGAAGAGGGAAAAAUUAAAUGAACAAAUUAUUCAUUCACAGGAAAAUUGUGUCUCAUUCUUUCUGAACGCAUAAAGACAGACACACAUUUGCAAUUGGCACUGUUAUUUUAUUAGUACGAGUAUACUGAAACAAUAAACUUGUACUGGUAUACAGACAGU